ACAAGAGAUGGCGCUACAAAGGGUACUCCGACUGGUGCUGCUGUGCAUAGCAGCACAAUACAGCAGCGGGUCCGUUGUGGACGGAGUUAACUAUAGGACGGCCAGACAGUCUCCAGCUGGCAUCUUCACAGUGGGCAACGGUGAGCAGUGCCUCGGUAACGACAGGUCCACAAGUGGGGUCUGUUUGUCCAGGAACCAGUGCAACACUCAGGGUGGCAAGGCUAUUGGCUUCUGUGGAGUGUUCGCGACUUGCUGUUCUUUGAACGCCUGCGACGUCCGCACCAACACCAAGGUCGCUGUCUUCAUCAACCCCCCCCUCAACCGGGAGUCUUCCGGACUGGAGUGCUCCUACAACGUGGAGAUUAACAACAACAAUGUCUGCCAGAUGAGGAUCGACUUCGAGACCUUCAACUUGGCUCCCCCCACUACUGUGGACCCUGUGGAGAAUGUGACGCAGCGCCCCGGAUACAUCUGCAGGAACGACAUCUUCCAGGUCACGAACCUUCAAGCUAACUCCGACUUCCUCCCCCCCCUCUGCGGAGACAACAAUGGCCAGCAUAUGUACGUCCGUGUCAACGCCUCCACCAACAGCCGAGCUAUCCGCAUCAACUUCAAGAUUGCCGAUCGCAACUCUCAGCCAAACCUGCCACAAGCCACCUGGAAGAUCAAGGUCACACAGCUCGAGUGCUACAAUACUUUGGGUAAAUACCGCGACGGUUUCUUGGAGGCGAUCACAUCAUCUCUGCCUUCAACACCAUUCGCCUCAACAGCUGACAGAGACGAGUACCUCAUUGCACCACCCGGCUGUCUCCAAUACUACCCUGAUAGGACAGGUGCCUUCGAGUCGUUCAACUACAACCGCGGAGCCGGACCUUACAUCGCCAACCUCAUGUACGCCACCUGCUUCAAGAGGACCUCAGAUGUUUGUGGUGUUAAGUUAACAGCAGCAAGUUUCGAACUUGCCUACCGUUCUGAAGAGAACCUUUACGUGGACACUGACUGUAUAGUCAACCCCGUGACUCAGGGCUCAUCCCAGUCUGAGGACUAUCUGUUCAUCCCAGAGGCGGAGACCGCUGACGGUCUGAGAGGGUCCAAAUACUGCGGGACCAGUGCAGCCAACCAAAUUAUUGCUUCAACUCCCCCCGGACCCUUGGCUGUAUUCUUCAGGAGUGACAACCUGGUGACAGAUGAUGUGCCAGAAUCAGGAUACAGGUUCAACUAUAACGUCUUAAACAAUUGUUUUAUCAAGCAGUAACACUGUUCUUCAAACAAAUAUGAAAAGAAAGUAAAAGUCAAAAUCGAAAUGGUUUUGUGUGAAACGAAAAUGAUUUUGGCCGAAAUGAAAUUUAAGGAUUGACUUUUUUUUGGAAUGUAAUGUAUUAUUUGUAUUUUAAGGAGAAAGUGUUACAUAAUAUUAUUAGUUUUAGGUUAGAAUGUAUUUUUUUUGAGUUUAUUUUUUUGUUUUCAAAAUAUAUUUAACAAACAUCUUCUGGUUGUUAUAAUUGAACAACUUGUGAGGUCUUUGUCAAAACAUACUUAUCGCUGUGUUAUAACAGAUUUAGUUUCGAAACUGGUCGCUAGAGGCGCUAAUGUCAGUCGCCAUUUUGAAAAAUGUUUGACACUUUAAUAGUUAUUAUUGUGGGGGUCUUGCUUCCACAAGUAUAUCAGCUAUUUGUAUGUUGCCAUUUUUUUAUUGUUUAAUUGUGUGAGAAAUGCAUUUAUUAGGUUGUAAACGAGGGCAUUUAUUUGCAUUUAUUAGAAAAUAAAUAUUUUAAUGUAA